CUGGAAACCCAACUCAAGCCGAUACAGUGAAGAGUGCCUGUGCAAGCAACAAGACUCCAGUUUCUGCUGCUAAAAUUGCGAAGGAUUCUGGAAAAAGUGUACAUACCAAUGGCAAUGGAUUCACCAAUGGAAAUGACUCGACUGUCGUAGCUUCAAAAAAGAAUGGGCUUGAAACUGCCAGUGGAACUGCUGCUACAGAUGCUUCUCUACAAGUCAAUGAGUCUGCAACUGCCCCAAAAGAAACAAAGCAAACGGAUCCACCAACCAUUCCUGUAUCUCAGAUGUUUCCCGACCAUAUUUAUCCAGAAGGAGAGAUUCAAGAGUACAAGGAUGACAAUCUAUGGAGGACAACCAGUGCUGAAGCUCGCGAGAAAGACCGCUUAUACGAAGAUAUGCACAACGAUUUGCGUCGUGCUGCAGAAGUGCAUCGUCAAGUUCGUAGUUACGCUCAGAAAAAGAUCAAACCAGGCAUGUCUAUGAUUGAGAUUUGUGAAAUGAUCGAGAAUGGCACCCGUACACUGAUUGAAGCAAACGGACUCAAUGCUGGUAUUGCAUUUCCUACUGGCUGCUCUUUGAAUCACUGUGCUGCUCAUUACACUCCUAAUGGCGGCGAUGGUACUGUUCUCAAGUACGAUGACGUGAUGAAGAUUGAUUUUGGAACACACGUUGGAGGCCGUAUUAUCGAUUGUGCGUUCACUAUGGCAUUCAAUCCCAAGUUCAACCCGCUUCUGGAAGCCAUCAAAGAUUCUACCGACACCGGUAUCAGAGAGGCUGGCAUUGAUGUCAGACUCUCUGAUAUUGGGGCUGCCAUUCAAGAAGUUAUGGAGUCCUAUGAGGUGGAGAUUGAUGGGAAAACGUAUCAAGUCAAACCAAUUCAAAAUCUCAAUGGUCACUCUAUUGGAUCAUAUCAGAUUCAUGCUGGCAAAACGGUACCCAUUGUCAAAAAUGGCAACCAAACAAAAAUGGAGGAAGGAGAGCUUUACGCCAUCGAGACCUUUGGAAGCACAGGCCGUGGUUAUGUUCACGAGGAUAUGGAAUGCAGCCACUACAUGAAAGAGUUUGAUACUUCGUAUAUUCCACUUAGACUCCCGCGUGCAAAGCAGCUUUUGAACACAAUUAACAAAAACUUUGGCACGUUGGCCUUUUGUCGUCGUUACUUGGAUCGUAUUGGUGAAACCAGAUAUCUGCUGGCUUUAAAAAAUCUUGUAGAUUCAGGAAUUGUCAAUCCUUACCCACCACUGUGUGACGUCAAAGGUUCUUAUACUGCUCAGUACGAACACACUAUCUUGCUACGAUCCACAUGCAAGGAAGUUCUUUCUCGUGGAGAUGACUACUGAAAAAAACAAUUGAACUCUACAUUAAAGCUUUUUUUUAAAUUUGUGUCGUUAUAUUGACUGACAUGACUGAGAAUAAAAUGCAAGGUGAUAGUGUACAUGGGUAGUAGAUUGGUUUACGUAUGGAGUGUGAUUGUUUAGGGUAGCAGGAGCAGUUACUGUUGCUACUAUUAGCUUUGGUUUGGUAUAUAUCCAGACAACAUGCACUUUGGCUGCUUUUAAUCUACACAUUUGUUUUUGGAGUCGAAUUACUGUUGUAGUUUGCUUGAAUUACGUGAAUUCUAAUUUUCAGCGUUGCAUAUACUAUUUUUACCAUCAGCUCGCAGACUUGACCCUUUAAUACAUUCCAAAAAUGAUGAAUUUGGGGGUGCAGCCCAAAUCAGAUGGUCGUAACCCCAAUACAGUAACAUGCUAUAUCUGUGGUCGUGACUUUGGUAGCAAAUCCAUCAGUAUUCACGAACCAAAGUGUAUGGAAAAGUUUGAAAAGACACAAGCCGCUUUACCCAAAUCACAGCGCAAGCCAGUUCCAGUCAGACCCACAGUAGGAGUGCUACCGUCUCUGCCAAAAAAAAGUACUUUGGCAGGGUCGUCGCAGGUAGUGUCGAAUCAAGCGGGGAACGCGCCUGGUAUAGGAACAGUUCAGCAGAACGCAAUGCAGUCGUAUAAUGAUGCAGCGUAUGCGACCUAUUCUGAGCAAACCAGGUCACAAUGCCCCAAUUGCCCUCACAAGGUAUAGUAGUGGCUGUAUGCAUACAGAAUACAGCAGUUUGAUGUUUUACACAUGUUGAUUAUAGCUCAAGCCACUCGAAUGGUAUUCAUCAGCUAAUCUGAUUUGGAAUCGUAUUUUUGUUUUAAAAGUUUGCACCUGAUCGAUUAGAAGUGCAUCUUCGAAGCUGUAGACCAGGCGGACUUUUUUCCAAAAAACAACCAAAGAGUGAAAAGUCGGAAACAGAUUGCCGUAAACCAGUAGAAAAAAAGCAAUGUGAUUCACGACCAUCCAAGCAAGCAGUUGGAUCCCAACCAGCAGGUGUAAAGACCAAUACAUCGGCGUACUGUUCGCAAUGUGGGAAUGCCUUUAGUGGUGCAGACCGAUUCUGUUCAUCGUGUGGAACCAAACGAUAGCUAUAUGGAAAUAAAUC